CCCAGCAGCAGCUGCAAAUGGCACCAGCCUCAGUAAAUUCUGCAGCUGUGGGGAGGGGGAGAAGUGGACAGGUCAGAACUAUGGUGGGAUUCCUUAAGCUCUGCCACCAAGUAUUAUCACCACUGGGAAGGCCCUGGCAUCAGCCACCCAAACCCCUAGAAGACCUGGCAAUAGUACUAUGAGGUGAGAAGCCAACUUCUACUCUUGAUGUGAAAACAAGAUAAGUUAAUCUUAAUGGCAAUGCUUCUGAAUCAGUGCACCUUGUUUAUUGGAUUACUAUUUUUCUCCCCCUGGGAGUCCAUCUGCUUUACAUUAUCACACACCUCAUUGGAAAUGCCCUUGCAGUCUUGCAUUUUAACGAUGACAUCUCGUAAUUUUCAGCACAUUUUAUCUUGGGAAUUAAACAGCAGUGCCACUAUACCAACUCACUAUACUGUGUCUUACACAGUUAUAAGUGCUGAUGAAGAAUGGAAGACUGUUGAAAGUUGCACAAAUAUCAUAAAAUCAUCAUGUAACAUGACAGAUAUUUAUGAAAUCAAUGAAACCUACUUUACCAAUGUAACAGGCUUCAAUGGAAAGGAAAAAUUAGUUGAAUGUAUGGACAGUUUCUUUCCCAUAACAGAUACAAUUUUAGAUCCACCAGAAGUUAGUAUUUUAGGUUUUAAAGAUGCAAUCAAUGUCACUGUGCAUCAUCCAGCAUCCUUAUCUAAGAUAAGGAAUGAGGAAAAAGAACUUUUUUCAUCAGUAGUCAUUAAAGUGCAGUCAAGUAACACACUAAGCAAGGAUCUAACAGUUGAAAUGGAUGACAGAGAAAACGUAACUACAAUAAUUGACUCUCUGAUUCCAAAUUCGAAUUACUGUGUAUCAGCUCACUGGGAUUUACAGUUUUCUAAAAAUGUAAUACAAUCUCCCUUACAAUGUAUAAUGCUUUCUACUGGCCAAGAAUCAGGUUCAGAAAAAAUCGUUGUAAUACCACUUGCUGCAUGUCUUAUCAUCUUCCCAAUCAUAAUCCUUGUGAUAUUACUGAAAAAAACAGGAUAUAUAUGCAGAAAAAAAAGAUAUUCUCCCAAAGCAUUGGAUUUCUCAACUGUCAUACCUGGCCCACUUCAAUUGCCUUUUGUGAAAAUUACAAGGGCAGACAUCAUUUGCAAGACCAAGAAGAAAAAGAUAUUUAAUGACGGUGAUGAGAAAACUAACAGUGAUUGUGAAUCAACUCAGAGAAUAGAAAAUAACUACACCAUGAAUGGCUUUAUCUGUAGAUCUCAAAAUCAGGACUCCAAAUUCAGCUGGAAAGAAUAUAGUCCCACUGAUUCAGACUCAGAUGAACCUGAAAGUCUAGAAGUUGACCCUCCUGUGGCUGACACAGAUAGUGCCACAUCAUAUCAGUUAAAUACUGGUCCAGAUAAAAGUAGAGUGCAUCGUAUCUGCAGCCACCUUUCAGAAGCUAGUACCUUUUCUUCUAGGUCUGAAGACCGUUUUAAUUUUAAUGUGAAUUUAAGCACUGUAUUUGUGGGAGAUUCUGGAGAUAAUAAAGCAUCAGAAGAAGAUGCUGCUGAGAUAUUAUUGCCUGUGCGAGAUAAAAUCAACUUAAUGGAUUCAGAUGGGACUGAAUUAAAACCUGUAACUCAUUCUAUAUGCGUAAAGACACCACUUUUCCAUAUCCCCUCUAAAGAAGACCUAUGCUCUGAAAAUGCUUCUUCUGAUGAAAGUGUUACUUCAGAGUCAGAUGUGGACCUAGGGGAUGGUUAUAUAAGAAGAUGAAUCCUGAUAAAUUAAACUCAUAAACAUUAAUGAAUAUAGGGUGAAGGUGAUUUCUCUCUCUGUCUCUGUCUGUCCAUCUCUCUCUCUCUCUCUCUCUCUCUCUCUCUCUCUCUCUCUCUCUUUCUCUCUUCUCCCUCAUUAGUUACAUGUGGUCCCAAAGACUCAAUGGAAAAUGAAGAAAACCAGAGAAUGCAUACAACUGUGAUGAUAAAAAUCAAAUAUGCAAACUAAGUGCAUAGUGGUGCUGUGAAACUUGGUUUUUAAUCUAAGACAUUGUUGAAAUACCUUUAAUAAACCACCUUUACUGGACUUAAAAUGUCCCAGUAAUAUUUCUCAGAAUGAA